AUGGCGGAGUUGACCUUGUUAGCCCCUCUCACAGGCAGUGAUAAAACUUCGGUAGUGUGGGAGCUGAGCUGUCGGCCAGGGGCCAAGGAUUUACAUCAUUCUCUGUUCACAGUAUGCUCCGAGUCUGACCAUCUGUAUUCAGGCCACGGCUUCCCAAAUGCUGCAGGGGCUGGACCUGGCUUCUAUGCCAUCAUCAAAUUUUAUUCCGUAAGGGCAGCUCACAGAGCCCAAAAGGCAUGCGACCGAAAUGCACUUUUUCAGAAAUCUCCAGUGAAGGUUCAUCUUGGCACCAGUCAUAAAGCCAUUCAACUUCAGGUCCUUGCCCUAGAGAGCUCUCGAUGUCAAGAACUUGGAGAUGACUACUUCAAUUUCAAUGGGUGGUCCAAAAGGAUUAUCAAGCUUCAGGAUCUUUCUGACCUUGAAGGAAGUGAAAAUGAAGAUAUGGCAGCAGCUCAGAAGCAAAGCCUGAAGUUCUGUGCUCUAGAGGUGGUGUAGCCAGCCUGUGAGUGCAGGAGUCCUGGACCUGGUGUCGCAGAGGAGCCUUUAAAUAAGCAGGAAGGUCUGUUUCCAAGUGAGGGUGAAG